AUGGAGGCCCAGAAGCCCACCGAGUUCCAUCUCGAAGUCUUUGCGGACCCGCGCUCCGUGCGCGACGUCGUCAAAGCGGUUCUCCACGCCAUCUUCUUCCAUCGCUUCUUCCCCUCCAUCGUGCCCCAGACCCACGAAGUCCUCGACCUCACCCUCCCCUACGUCCCGGACCCCGAGCUCGAGACCCUCAUUGACCAGCGCGCCGCUGCGCUCGAGCGACACAUUGACGCCCAGCGCCCGCCAUCGCAACCGACCGGCGCGAGCACGACCUCGAAUCCUGCGAACAAGGGCGGCAGGGGCCAGUUGACCGUCCAGUUCUUCGAGAAGAAGAGACGCAAGGGCACAUGGCUGUCCCGCGGGGACGAGGAGGUCUGCUGGGAGUCGUGGACCGUCAAGGUCACCGUCUCCGAGCCUCGGACAGAGAGUGAACGCGCCAAGGUGCGCCGCGCCAUGGAGCAGACCCUGCAAAAGGCCGCCUUCAACAUCAUCACCUACAUCAACCAGCACAAGGAUCACAUCCCCCCGAUCACGACGCAGACGUCCAACCCCUUCCCUUACAAGAUCAACGUCGAUCAGCAAGAGACGGGCUGGGCCUCCAGAAUGCGCAUAUACUAG